AUGACGCUUCUAGAUUCGACCAAUGAAAUUAAACUUGACAACGCUCCGACGGAUUGUAUUCAAAGUGUCAAGUUUGGCAAAAACAGCUCCAAUCAAUUUCUUUUAUCAGCUUCCUGGGAUUUCACUGUUCGCCUGUACGACAUUUAUAACAACAAGCUCUGCGCUAAGUAUACUCACCCAGCUCCAGUAUUAGACUGUGCACUUCAGGAAGGCACAAAAGUUUGGUCUGGUGGAUUCGAUAAAAAUGUUCGAGUAUUUGAUAUAGCGAAAAGCACUGAAGAAAUUGUCGGCUAUCACAAUGCUCCAAUCCGCUGUGUGGAGUAUUCGCCGGAUAACAACUUGACAAUAACUGGCGGCUGGGAUGGAAAUGUCAAGGUCUGGGACAGCCGUUCGUCUCGAAACAUUGGCAUCUACCCUCAACCUGAUAAGAUUUACUCACUUGACAUUUGUGGAGAUCUUCUCGUCGUUGGUACCGCUGGCCGCCGUGUUUUAGUUUGGGAUUUGCGUAACAUGUGCUACGCUCAACAGCGAAGAGAGUCGAGUCUCAAAUUCCAAACACGUUGCAUUCGCUGCUUCAGCAACAAAGAAGGCUUUGUCUUGAGCUCAAUCGAAGGCAGGGUUGCCGUUGAAUGGCUCGACGUGUCACCUGCAGCUCAAAAGAAAAAGUACGCUUUCAAAUGCCACAGAAGCAAAACCGAGUCUUCAAGUGGGCUAGAGCAGAUUUAUCCUGUAAAUGCCAUCUCCUUCCACUCAGGGUACAAUACUUUUGCGACCGGAGGUUCAGACGGUUUCGUAAACAUAUGGGACGGUUUAAAUAAAAAGCGCCUCUGUCAAUUUCAUAAGUAUCCUACCAGCAUUUCAUCUUUGUGUUUCUCUCCUGACGGCUCUCACCUGGCCAUUGCCUCUUCAUACCUGUAUGAAUCAAGCGACAUCAAAGACGUGCCAACUGAUUCGAUCUUUAUUCGAAAAGUUUCCGAUCAAGAAGCAAAACCGAAAUAG